AAGACACUAGGGAAAAAGUAUAAAUGCAGGGACUGAACAGGUCACUCAUGUCCAGUCCAGGCUUGAACCCGCUGCAAGAUGAUUGGCCUGAUUUUGUUCAGUCUUCUAAGCGCUGCAGCUUCAGCCCCUGCAGAUGACAAGAUUGUGGGUGGCUAUGAAUGUGCAGCCCACUCUCAGCCAUGGCAGGUUUCCAUCAACAUCGGCUACCAUUACUGUGGCGGCUCUUUGAUCAACGACCAGUGGAUCAUCUCUGCUGCUCAUUGCUGGCAAAAUCCCUACACCCAGAUCGCUAUCUUGGGUGACCACCACAUCUGGUCGCAUGAGGGAACCGAGCAGUACAUGUCUGUUGAUGCCAUCUACUGGCAUCAGAGUUACGACUACAAAACCCUGGACUACGACAUCAUGCUGAUGAAGUUGGCACACCCGGUCAAUGUGAACCAGCAUGUCAAACCUGUCUCUCUGCCACAGUCCUGCCCCACAGCCGGGGAUAUGUGCACUGUGUCUGGUUGGGGAAACAUCUAUAGUGAUCAAGUGUUUAACCCAUUCCACCUCCAGUGUGUGGAUGUUCCCAUUCUGUCAAGCGAGGAUUGUGAAAGCUCCUACCCUGGCAAGAUAACUGAUCGUAUGGUGUGUGCUGGAUAUCUGGAGGGAGGCAAAGACGCUUGUCAGGGUGACUCUGGUGGUCCUUUGGUGUGCAACGGAGAGCUGCACGGUGUUGUCUCUUGGGGUCAGGGCUGUGCUCUGCCUAACUACCCAGGUGUUUACACCAAAGUGUGUUCUCUAUUGCCCUGGAUCAAUGACAUUCUCUCCUGGUACAGCUAGGCUGGAGCUCACAAUGAACUAGAGAGAAGAAAAAAAAAAGAAGAAACCUUGAAAGAGACUGAAACAAAUGAAGGCAAGAACGAAUGGGUGAUUUUA